CCCGGCUAAGUUUUCAACCGGUUUUCGCGUUCAAAGUAUUUUUGUCUGGUUCUUGCAAUGAUGAUGUUUUUAAAAGACUUUCGCAUUGCAAAAUCUAAACCCGGUUAAUGCACUCAGUGUAAGCCAUCACUGUAAAAACCGACUUUCGGAUCGAGUGUCAUGAGCAAUUCGACUCAGUUCGUAGAACAUAGAACACAGUGUUACUCAGUAGUUAAUAAAACAAGUUGUUUAGUAGAUAAUAAACUAGCUUACCUGUAAUUCACAUUCUGAGCAGGGAUAGGGAAAACCAUGGCAUUUUCGGAUACAAUUAUUUGAAAUUCCAUCGUAUGAGAGAUCCCAAAUGGACGGCUGGAGAUAAGAUGAUCCAAUAUGUAGGCCUCACAAAAUUGUACGCCCGUGAUCGGAAACUUAACACCCUCAAAACAAUCCUGAAACGCAAAAAUAAACAACAGUUUAUGAAAAACAUUCGGAAAACCCUGACCGAUGAUAAUAGUUAUUUGCAACUAGCGCGAUUUGGCAAUACUCAACUGAUUAAAAAUGUAUUUCAAGAACAUUCGCAUCUCCAAAGAGCGUAUCGGCCAUUGACAAUUGAGCACAUAGUGGAGAAAAUGGACCAGCUAACUUUCACCAAAAGAAAAAUGUUAGAUCGUUUGACACACAAAUUGAAAACGUUGACCGACAAUUACAGAAAAGAAUUGAUCAAAGUUUCUGAGCAUCAGGACAGGACUAACUUCCGGGAUCCACAGGAACUGUACGAAGAAAUUGAAUCAAAAAGCUACCAACUUAAGUUGAAACAUUGCUACACACGUAUCCGAACAGCGAAUGCAGUUAAUAGAGCCUAUAACGCUUUAGUUCGAAUUAUGUUGAAGGACUCAAUAUUCUUCAAUCCGGUGUUGAACGCCUUACAAGACGAUUUGAUUGAGCAAGGUCGAUUCAUCCAAGAAACUAUUGGAACUGGACUUCCGGCAAUGCGCAACGUUCAAAGUCUUCAACUGGAGUUUGAGGAACUUGAAAGACGGACUAACAAAGAAUUGACCGAUCGUUUCCAAUCCCUUCUGCAGCAACGAGAGAAAUUAGAUUUGAAUAACAAACGAAUUCAUAAUUUAGUUCGGAGAGAUAGCGACUUUGAUAUCAAUUUAUCACGUUAUGAUCGAGACACAACCAGUAUGGUAGAUCUGAAAAUUCAAACAGAAGAAGUGGAGAGAAUAAUCAAGAAAAUGAAAUACGCUACUUCAUGUGGUGAACCGAGAGAAAUUUUCCCAAGAGUGAAGCAACAGAAGCGCGACAGUAAACAAAUGAAAAUCAAUUUACAGCGACGUGAACACCAGCGAAAUGUUGAAUUUAUCGAGAACGAGCUUGCUGAAAUAAACCAUGAUGAGUUGGCGAAUGACUUCACUUAUGACGAAAUACGCCGGAUUACCGAAUACAAGCUUAACCAGAACAAAAUAUCCCUAGAAAAGAAAAGACAGGAGGCGAUUUCAUCGCACAGGGAAAAUAUCAAAGAUAUGAGCAAUAUGUUGAAACUUUCAUUUCAACAUGUUUUGGAUGUUUUCAGAAACAUUGAAACAAAUAACACGCUACAUGUCGAUACCAAGAAUAUUGUAGAUUAUUCUGAUGUUAAUCUACCGCUUCUGAGCUUCGAAACGGCCUACAUUAAACGUCCCGAUAAAAUGGAGAACACUGACUCCGCCUUAUGUAUAUCAUUAGCAAAGGAUAAGAUCAAGCACCUGAUGCAAUUUUUGGAAACAAAAGACGAAGACGUUUCCCAUCCAUUUUACGAAAAAGAUUAUCAGUACAGCAUUCUGAAAGAACAUAACGAACAAAAUAUGAAAAGCAUGAAGAAUAUUGAAAAGUCAAUUGUGGAAGGUCUAGUACUGAAAGAUCCUAAUGUUUUUUCGAGAGCCCAAAUAAAAGCCAUGAGUGCUCAGAUUGUUUCGAAAAAUAUGAAGCGUGAUGACUGAACCCGUAUAUCAGAUUUCUUGACGAAAAAAACUAGCAAACUAAAUUUAAUGUACUUGGAGAUAAACGUCAUAACAAAUAGAGUUUACUUAUCUGAAAAAAAAACACACCACCAAAACAAUCGAAAUUCGUAAGCAUUAUAUCGGUAUUAUAAUUACAUUGUAUCUGUAUAAAGAAAGCUCUAAA